GGAGAGCCCCGGCGUCGGGCGCAGCGCGUGAGUUUCCAGGCAUGGCUGCAGGAAAGUUUGCCAGCCUUCCCAGAAACAUGCCCAUGAAUCACCAGUUCCCCCUGGCCUCGUCUAUGGACCUCCUGGGCAGCAAGUCUCCUCUCGCCGAGCACCGCACAGAUGCCUAUCAGGACGUGUCCAUACACGGCACCCUUCCGCGGAAGAAGGGCGCUCCUCCCUUUCGGUCGUGUGACGGCUUCAGUCAUGUGGGCACCCUCCCCCACCCCAGAUCCCCGCGGCUGCACUCACCCCUGACCCAGGAUGUCAUCCUGGAGAACCCAGGCCAGGACUGGAAAGGCGAAACCUUCACCUUCAGGGAUCAGCAUCUUUUGGACCCAACGCCGGGGUACGUGAAGUUCUCCAAGGAGCGGCACGGGGCCGACAGGACCCCCGAGUGGCUGAAGAAGGAGCUGGAGGAGGAGCUGCUGCUGAGCAGUGAGGACCUGCGCAGCCACGCCUGGUACCACGGCCGCAUCCCCCGACAGGUGUCAGAAAACCUUGUGCAGCGAGACGGCGACUUUUUGGUUCGGGACUCGCUGUCCAGCCCUGGAAACUUCGUCCUGACCUGUCAGUGGAAGAACCUCGCUCAGCACUUCAAGAUCAGCCGGACGGUGCAGCGGCUCAGCGAGGCCUACAGCCGUGUGCAGUACCAGCUGGAGAUGGAGAGCUUCGACUCCAUCCCCGGCCUGGUGCGCUGUUACGUGGGCAGCCGCAGGCCGCUCUCCCAGCAGAGCGGGGCCGUCAUCUUCCAGCCCAUCAACAGGACGCUGCCCCUGCGGUGCCUGGAAGAGCGCUAUGGGGCCUCCCCCGGCAGGUCCCGGGAUGGCAGCCUGGCGGAGGGGAAGCCGGACGUCGCCAAGAGGCUGAGCCUCACCAUGGGCGGUGCCCAGGCCCGAGAGCAGAGCUCGGCCAGGGGGAACCUCCUCAGAAACAAAGACAGGAGUGGGAGCCAGCCCGCCUGCCUGGAUCACAUGCAGGAAAGAAGAGCCUUGUCCCUCAAAGCCCACCAGUCCGAGAGCUUCCUGCCGAUCGGCUGCAAGCCCCCCCCUCAGUCUCCCGGAGUGGACACCAGCCCCUGCCCAAACUCGCCCGUUUUCAGGACGGGCAGUGAGCCCACGCUGAGCCCGGCAGUGGUCCGGAGGGUGUCGGGGGACACGAGGGCAGGGGAGGCACUGAGGGGCUCCGACAGUCAGCUGUGCCCCAAGCCGCCCCCCAAGCCCUGCAAGGCACCCUUCCUCAAGGUCCCCCCGUCUCCGUCCCCCUGGCUCCACUCCGAGGCCAACUACUGUGAACUCAGCCCAUCCUUUACCGGGGGCUGCGACCGGGGAGCCCGGCCGCCCUUCGCCUCCCAGGACAGCUACGUGGAGCUGCUAACAGCCAAGCAGAAUGGGGGGGCAACGGCUCCCCGGAACUCAGGCGUCAACUACUUGAUACUUGAUGACGAUGAUGGCCCAAGGCCUUGGGGGCCACCGGCCUCACAGGUGGACAAGGGUCAAGAGGACACAGGCAAGUUUGUGACGCCCCUCCUGGAGACGGCCUCCUCCUUCCGGCCCAAUGACUUCAAGUCGAAGCUCCUGCCCCCCGAGAACAAGCCCUUGGAAACGGUGCUGCUGAAACGCGCCAAAGAGCUCUUCACCAGCAGCCCCCCCAGGGUCAUCGCCCAGCACAUCCUGAACAUGGACUGCAAGGUCACCAGGAUCCUUGAAGUCUCUGACGAGAUGAGGAAGAACAUGGGCGUGAGCUCGGGGCUGGAGCUCAUUAUCUUGCCCUACGGCCACCAGCUGCGCUUGGACAUAAUUGAAAGACACCACACGAUGGCCAUCGGCAUUGCGGUGGACAUUCUGGGCUGCACGGGCACUUUGGAGGAACGGGCUGCCACCCUCGACAGGAUCAUCCAGGUGGCGGUGGAACUGAAAGACUCCAUGGGGGACCUGUAUUCCUUCUCGGCGUUCAUGAAAGCUCUGGAGAUGCCACAGAUCACAAGGUUAGAGAAAACGUGGACUGCUCUGCGGCACCAGUACACGCAGACUGCCAUCCUGUACGAGAAGCAGCUGAAGCCCUUCAGCAAACUGCUGCGUGAGGGAAGAGAGUCUACCUGUGUUCCCCCUAACAAUGUAUCAGUUCCACUGCUGAUACCUCUUGUGACAUUAAUGGAGCACCAGUCUGUCACUCUUGAAGUAACUGACAUGUGGGAAAAAAAUGAGGAAAGCUGUGAGAUUGCGCUGAACCAUCUGACGACAGCCCGCCAAAUGGCACAGAUUGCAGAGAGCUACCAGAAGAAUGCAGAGAGGAUCCUGGAAGGUUUUCAACCAGAUGAAGAAAUGAGCGAAAUCUUCAAGACUGAAUUUCAAAUGCGAUUGUUAUGGGGCAGCAAAGGUGCACAAGUCAAUCAGGCAGAGCGAUACGAGAAAUUCAACCAGAUUCUAACUGCCCUCUCACGUAAAUUGGAACCUCUGCCUGUGAAACAGGCAGAGCUUUGAUCAAUCUCCAGAGAACCUUAGGAUACUACUUCAAGCUUCUCCGGGAAAGCUUAUCAUUUAAAGAUGUAAUAAUGUGCAAAUAUGACAACAUACAAGCUUUUUAGUAUCCACAGGAUAUUAAACAUGUAAAUUGCACACAGCACACUUAUUUAAGUUGUUAAAAUUACUACUGAUUUUUAAAUGAAGAUAAUUUAUUAAGGUAACCUGCAAAGGCUGAUCAGCAAAUUUAAGAGACCUAGAUACCUUGGUUGCUUUCUAUUAGUGAGGUAUUUAACCACUUUAGUUUUUAAUUCUGUCAGAUAAAUGUAAAUUUUAAAAGCAUGAAACAUUUCAAAAGGUAUCAGUUGUAUGAUACUCGUUAAAUGUGUGAGAAUGUAAAUAGUUUAUGAAAAUACAUCUUUUUGUGAAACAAAGGCAUCCAGGCUCUUUAAUAUUAAACAACUGAAUGGAAUAGUUGUACCGUAACUCCGCUGCCUACCUCUCUUCCCGAGCCACUAUGUCCUCAUUUUGAGCUAACAUCCAUGAGAGUGGUGUGGAAAAUUUAAGGUUUCUUGUUUAGGAGACCAAGUGACUAGUGAUACAAGGUGAGCUGGCUCCCAAGACUGAUGUUCAAACUCAAGCUGUGAUGCUACUAGAAGCUGGAUUGUGAUCACGCUAACUCAGUCGCGUGUGCUGCACAGCCAGCACCCACGUUAGUGUGCUCUACGUACCAUUUCACAUAUUUCAAAAUAACUGAUUAUCUAUCCCUCUAGAUAAGUAUGUGACGUUUUCUGUUUUAAAUUGUUGUAGAAAAUUUGCAUCACAAGACUUCAAAAUAAAACUACUGUCACUGGCCUGUUUAAUACAUGGAAGCAAGUUUCUGUUCCUGAACUCUGUUAACAUGGCUAGAAUCCCAUGGCCACUCCCAUUUUUUAAAAUGAAAGGGCCAUCACACUUAUUUUUGACUUCUCAUAAAAGGCAUAGUUACACUAAACCCUGAAUAGAAUUUUAAUAACAAGCAUACCAUUUAAAGAAUAAGCAAUAACAGAAUGAAAGGGCAAUCUCCAAGGAACAAUACUCACCUGGCCACCUGACUCUCCAAAAGGAAUAGCGAAUUUAAAUCAACUCUUCAAGAGAACUUAAAAGCAUAGAUGGCUCUAGAGGAAAAUACCUGACAUGAGCUGAGUGUCUUGGGAAGCUAAACAUAAAAUACCGUAAGGAUCCUUAAAGGAUUCCUGAUAAUAGGCUGGGGGGAAAGACAACCAACCAGCAAAGUGUGGUUACCAGGAAACAGACCUGUAGUUUCAUGAUGACUGUAAGAAGAGGGUUGCUCUCUGCAGGAAAGCAUCCAGUAUUCCCACUAAUUAAUGUAUGUAUGUAUGUAUGCACACACACACGAUCAUUAUCCAGCACAAGUAGAAACACCACAUCUUGAGUAAAAUUCUGAUGAAAUAUUUAGAACCCCAAAACCUUCAGAUGCUAGAAUGAUCUUUUUUUGAAGCAAUUAUACUUUGGUGUGUGAAGAGAAAAUUAAUUUGAAUAGGAAGUUAGUAUUAAAAAUGGCCAGAUUUUAACAGAAACUAAGAUUCUUCACAAGUAUGAGACUAAAACUCAAUGGGCAUUAAUAGAAAAUUAACAACUGAAGUUUUAUAAUGACCUGGAAGAUACAUCUGAAAACAGUGUCAGGGUACAGCACAUACAGGAAAGGAAGAUACAAGUAAUUAAGAUAAAAGAACUAAAAUAGAAUGACCUAGUGCAUGUCAUCAGAGCUCCAGAAGGGAAGUGGGGAAAAAAUUCACAGGUCUUGGGGCCCUCCUGGUGGUGUAAUGGG